AUGCACCCCAAGAAUGAGGCAGCAUCAACAUUUUUAGCACUCGGUGCAAGAAGGAACGACGCCUGCGAUGUGUCUCUCGUUUUGGUAUUGGGCUUUUCAGCAUGCGUCAACACUGCUAAGCAUGGCAAGUGGGAGGAACGGUACUUCUUUCAACCUGGCAGUGCUAUGAUUGGCUAG